CUAUCAGGGUUGUCCACAAAUACUGCCUUAAAUAUAAUAGACAAUGUUAACAUUUACUUUUUUCUUGACUUUGAGGUAUUUGCUGCUGUUUUUCUUGUUUUGGUUUGGGGUAUUUUCUUUUUUUUUUGAAAUUCUGCUUUUCUUUCAAAGAAUGAUUUUGAACUCGGAGUCUUCUUUGUUAUAGGAAAAAUACUCAUUUUUCUUUUUUCUUUUUUCUUUUAAAUAAGUGAAUAUUGGUUCUACCAUCCUGUGUACUAGGAAAUUCACAGACACUAAAUUUUUUAAAGAUAAGAGUAGUACUUGUCUAUGAACUACACACACCUAUUCAUAUAUUUUAAAUUAUUCCUGGAUUAUGUAUAAUGCCCAAUACCUAGUAACAAGCGAAAGUGGUAUGUAGUCAAUAUAAAUGAAAUUUGGUGCCUAUGUUGUGAUUGUUAUAUUUAAUUUUAUUUUGAAGAUUAAGGAUUGAACCAGGACUUCAAUGAGCAUAUCACACACUCACAUCACUACUGAGGAACUGCAACAUAAUUUAAUUAUUUUCUCUUAACAGACAUUUAGUUAAUUUUCUUCUGGUUACUUUGCAAAUUCCAGCUUAUUAAUUUCUAUGACAAAUCCCUUGGAGGCAACACUAUAGAUAAGGAGACAAAGGUAUAUAAUUUGUCCAGGUGUAUAGAGAGUGAAUGACAGAACCAUGAUUCAGUGUUCCUAAAUAUUAUCCAUCUCCUAGGUUGCAGUUAUAUGUCUCUUCAAGAUGUUUCUGCUAUUCUUUGCCUCUGAAGUAUUGUAUCUUUAAUUACUAGCUUAUCAAUUUUUAUUCCCUGCAAGCUCCAUAAAAAGAUCACCUUGCUGUGUCAUAUCCUCCCAUAUGCACAUGAGUACAUGUUUGUAUGUGUAUGUGUAUAUAUGUCUUCAGACACUGUCUCCAUACAUAGCUCUCACUGACAUGGAGCUCACAAUGUAGACCAUGUUUACCUUAAGCUCUUAUAGAUCCCUCUACUUCUGCCUCUCAAGUGUUGGCAUUGAAAGUGUGCGCCACCAUACAUUACUGUGUUUUUAAUAUAAAGCAAAGAAUCUAAUAUUACAUUGUCUUAAGUUCACUACUCACAAAAAAGUAGUAUGUCUUGUAUUUUUCCUGAGUCACAUGUGUGUGUAUAUGUAUAAGUGUAAAAUGUAGUAGUGUUAUAAUGAAAUAAUGAACUCACCCUAAUAAAUAUUUACCAGAGUGAAGGUAAAUAAUUGUAACUACUAAAGAAAUGUCUUGAAAUAAACAUUUUCACUUAUUUUGGGGCACUUUAUUGUAUCUUUUCAAGCUGAACAUUCAAAGCACUAAUAUUUUCAUACAGAGUAUUGUCUGUGUUUGGAUUCUAAUCCAAACAAACCAACAACAUGAGACAUUUUGUAGAAAACCGGGAAAGCUCAAACAGACUGAGUUAUAAGCUAUAUCCAAGAAGUAUUUCUACAUGUCUUUGUGGUAAUGAUUUGUAAUUAUAUUUUAAAGGCUUUCCUGAUUGUAAAUAAUAGAUCAAUACUUACAGAUAAAUACAAUCUAUGUGAAAUUUUGCUUUCGAAUACUCUAGAUAGACAUAAACUUUUAGGAGAAAAAUAUUAAAUGAAAAAAUUCACAGAGACACAUGGUGGCGCUAUAGGAUAAGAUUAAACACUGCAUAGCCAGCCCUGUGGGCUCCACUAUCCAAAGGACCAGAGAACAGCCGAUUCAAUGAGAAGGGAGGUAUUACCGGAGCUUCACCGACAGAGCUGCCAAGGGAUUUUCAAUAGAAAUAUCAGACCUUUAUCUCUCAAAUUUGGGACUGAAUUUAAAUUUUGGAGUAAAAGAAUUCACCUGAAGGCACCAUGGGAACCAGAAGGGCUCUCAUCCUGCAGAAAAGGCAAGUCUUGGUUUUCUUUGUUUUGCUGGGAUUGUCUCAGGCGAGUACUGAAUCUUUGAGCUAUUCUGUAGCGGAGGAAACAGAAAUUGGCUCUUUUGUGGCUAAUCUGGCAAGGGAUUUAGGGCUGGGGGUUGCGGAGCUGUCCUCUAGGGAGGCCAGGGUAGUGUCAGACGAUAAUAAGAAGCACUUACUCCUUAAUAUGCUGACCGGAGAUAUACUCCUAAAUGAGCGACUGGACCGUGAGGAGCUGUGUGGCUCCACCCAACCCUGUGUGCUACCCUUUCAGGUGGUACUGGAAAACCCCUUACAGUUCUAUCGAGCUGAGCUGCACGUCAGAGAUAUAAAUGAUCACUCCCCUACAUUCCUAGACAAGGAAAUAACUAUUAAAAUACCAGAAAGUGCUACUAUCGGAGCCACAUUCUUAAUUGAGAAUGUGCAGGAUCUGGACAUAGGAAGCAACAGUCUCCAGGACUACCGCGUUAGCCCCAAUUCUCAUUUCUAUGUUAAAGUUCAUGACAGUGGUGAUGGAAAGAUAUAUCCGGAGCUGGUUCUGGACAAAGCUUUAGAUCAUGAGGAGGAAUCUGAGCUUAGAUUGACACUUACAGCAUUGGAUGGUGGGUCUCCACCCAGGUCUGGGACAACAUUGGUUCUCAUAAAAGUCUUGGACAUUAACGAUAACGCUCCUGAGUUUGCUCAGAGUUUCUAUGAGGUGCAGGUCCCAGAGGACACAUCUAUUGGCUCCAGUAUUAUUGCCAUCUCUGCUAAAGAUUUAGAUGUGGGGAUUUAUGGGAAAAUAUCAUAUUCGUUUUUGCAUGCAACAGAAGAUAUUAGAAAAACCUUUGAAAUCAACCCAACAUCUGGGGAAGUCAAUGUGAGAUCACUAAUGGAUUUCGAAGGAAUACAGUCCUAUUCUGUAAAUAUCCAAGCAACAGAUGGUGGAGGUCUUUCAGCAAAAUGCACUCUUUCAGUUAAAGUACUAGAUAUAAAUGACAAUGCACCAGAAGUGAUCAUAUCAUCAAUUUCGAAGACAAUUCCAGAGAAUGCUUCAGAGACCCUGGUCGCUCUGUUCAGUGUCCGAGAUCAAGACUCUGGAGACAAUGGAAGGAUCGUUUGCUCUAUUCAAGAUGACCUUCCAUUUACUCUGAAACCCACCUUCAAGAACUUUUUCACUCUACUUUCUGAAAAAGCACUGGACAGAGAAAGCAGAGCUGAAUACAACAUCACCAUCACUGUCUCCGACCUGGGCACACCCAGGCUCACAACCCAGCACACCAUUACAGUGCAGGUGUCCGACAUCAACGACAACGCCCCCACCUUCAGCCAAACCUCCUACACCAUGUUUGUCCACGAGAACAACAGUCCCGCCCUGCACAUUGGCACCAUCAGUGCCACAGACUUAGACUCAGGCUCCAAUGCCCACAUCACCUACUCGCUGCUGUCGGCUCAGGACUCACAGCUGUCCCUCACCUCGCUCAUCUCCAUCAAUGCUGACAAUGGGCAGCUGUUUGUGCUCAGGGCACUGGACUAUGAGGCCCUGCAGACCUUCGAGUUCCACGUGGGUGCCACAGACCGAGGCUCGCCCGCACUCAGCAGCCAGGCUCUGGUGCGAGUGGUGGUGCUAGACGACAAUGACAAUGCACCCUUCGUGCUCUACCCAAUGCAGAACGCUUCUGCACCCUGCACUGAGCUGCUGCCCAGGGCUGCGGAGCCCGGAUACCUGAUCACCAAGGUUGUGGCAGUUGACCGCGACUCUGGACAGAAUGCCUGGCUGUCUUUUCAGCUACUCAAGGCUACAGAGCCUGGGUUGUUCAGCGUGUGGGCGCACAAUGGCGAGGUGCGCAUCACCAGGCUGCUGAGCGAGCGCGAUGCACCCAAGCACAAACUGGUGCUGUUGGUCAAGGACAAUGGCGAUCCUCCGCGCUCUGCCAGUGUCACACUGCACGUGCUCGUGGUAGAUGGCUUCUCUCAGCCUUACCUGCCUCUGCCAGAGGUGGCGCGCAAUCCCGCACAUGAAGAGGAUGCUCUAACACUGUACCUGGUCAUUGCUUUGGCUUCUGUGUCUUCUCUCUUCCUCUUGUCUGUGCUGCUGUUUGUGGGGGUGAGGCUGUGCAGGAGGGCCAGGGCGUCCUCUCUGGGUGGCUGCUCUGUGCCUGAGGGACACUUUCCUGGCCAUCUGGUGGAUGUUGCUGGCACUGGAACCCUGUCCCAGAACUUCCAGUAUGAGGUGUGUUUCACAGGAGGUACUGGAACAAAUGAGUUCAAAUUCCUGAAGCCGGUCAUGCCCAGUCUUCAGCUCCAUGACCCUGACUCUAAUAUGCUGGAAAAGGAGAGCUUUCGGAAUAGCCUUGGUUUUAAUAUUCAAUAAAAUUUUCCUUUAAACUCUUAAUAUUUUCUUUAAAUUGACAAACUGCAAAUGCUUGUUUUUCUUAAUCUGUAUUGGAUUUGAGGUUUUACUGAUGUUGCAUGCAUUUUCAUUCCACAUGUUUUUCUAACAAUUACUUUGAAAAUCUUUACUGGAAUUAUAGUGAUGCAAAGAAACAAUCUGCACGUUCUGUUUUUGUUUUUUUUUUAUUUUGUCGAAGUGUUAUGUUAAUGGUUCUGCUGUUUCUUAUAUAAGACACAGCAAUGGAAAUGCUGAUUUAAAUAUUUAGAGUCAAUGUAUUGAGCUGGUGACUAAAAUAAUACUGGGUGGAGUCCAUAAGCAGACAGCCCCAGGUGGAUCUACUGCAAAAGACAUGGAGGGAGAAAAGAAAGGAACUCAAAAGGAGCAAAUGUUACCAUAUUUGGGAGUUUCCCCAAUAUGCUAAAUAUGCUAUUAAAACCCAACAGAGAAUCUAAACGUUGUUGUACCUGGGUAGAAACUGUAUUGGAUCAUUUGUAGUAUUCUCUGUUAGAUUAUUUCAUCAGAAAAAAAACUAGUCUUUAAAUGCUGCCCCUCCAAAUCCAGCAGUAGAGGCCUUUGUUUUAUAGUGUUUUCAAGAAUUGCUUUCUUAGUGAUUUCUCCUCUGAUUUCUAAUGAUGCUUUCUAAUGAUCAAAAUAUUCUAGGUCUUGAUAUUGCUGCUUUGUUGCUUUUAAAUACAUGUUUUCUCGGUUAAAAUUUGUGUUACUCUAUAGCACUUAUUGCUAAAGCAGUUCAUAGUCUUGUCUUAAGUAAAAUAUUCUUAUGCCAGAUAAGAACAGGAUAAAAUCUUCCUAGGAAUUAAAAUAAGAUUUUUAAAUUUAA